CGCUGUUGGUUUCUCAUACAUGAGAGUGGGUUGCGGGAGGAGACAGGGGCAGGAACUGAAGCGGUAUAAUGCGCAUUGGGCUGAGGUCUGGAUUCAUCUACAAACUCAGAGGACGGCAAAUUAAGGAAGCUGCCCUACUAACGCCGGAAGAAGUCUUGUGGAAAGAGCUGAAAACAUCACUUCAGAAGGAAUUGCGAAGCUUGUCUCAGCUGGCCGGACAGGUCCUCCCUGAGAGGUGUUGCCACAAACGAUGGCGCUGAGGGCGAAGGCUUUGUACGACUUCGAUUCCGAGAACCCGGGGGAGAUCUCCGUGAAGAAAAACGAAGACCUGACUUUACACAAUGAACGAGACAUAGAGGGCUGGUUUGAAGGUACGAACGCCAGAGGGGAACGGGGACUGUUCCCCGCUUCUUAUGUGAAGAUCCUGAAGACCAGCGCUGGUUCCGACAAUCUGGGGGUGGCACACGGCGGUUUCGCAGCGGGAAGCUGCGGAGCUUCAUCUACCAGCCAGACUCCAGUCGAUCAGUCCGCCAAAACCACGGCACCCAAAUCACCUGCUCAUCUCACCUCAUCUCAUCAAAAGUAUCAAUCCAGCGACGACGACGACUGGGAUGAUGACUGGGAUGAGAGUUCAGGCGGCAGAGGCGCUCCCGGUGUCGGAAGACACAGCGACGGCAAUGGACCCUCAAUAUACAGUUUAUCAACUUCAGCGGGCCGGGGUCCAAAUGCCCAGCAAGCCAGGGGAUCGGGAACAGUAAGCAGGAACCUCAACAGGUUCACAACCUUUGUGAAAUCUGGUGGGGAAGCGUUUGUGCUGGGAGAGGCGUCGGGUUUUGUAAAGGAUGGGGACAAGAUCUGUGUCGUAAUGGGACAGUACGGUCCAGAAUGGCAGGAGAACCCUUACCCGUUUACCUGCGCUAUUGAUGAUCCAACCAAGCAAACAAAAUUCAAGGGGAUUAAGAGUUAUAUCUCAUACAAGCUUACACCUACCAACACGCAGAACCCAGUUUACAGGAGGUACAAACACUUUGACUGGCUUUAUGCCAGGUUAGUGGAAAAAUUCCCAGUUAUCUCUGUCCCUCAUAUUCCCGAGAAACAAGCCACGGGGAGAUUUGAAGAGGAUUUUAUUUCUAAAAGGAGAAAAGGACUUGUAUGGUGGAUGAACCAUAUGACUAGUCACCCCAUAUUGUCCAAAUGCGACGUCUUCCAGCACUUUCUCACUUGUGACAGCUCCGAUGAAAAGGCUUGGAAGCAGGGCAAAAGGAAAGCGGAGAAGGACGAGCUGGUGGGAGCCAGUUUCUUCCUAACGAUCAGCACCCCCACAGCCCCACUCGACCUGCAAGAGGUGGAGGGGAAAAUUGAGGGCUUCAAGGCUUUUACGAAAAAGAUGGACGAAAGUCUGCUGCACGUCAACGGUGCGAUUAAUGAAUUUGCGAGGAAGCAUGUGACGGGUUUCAAGAAGGAGUACCUGAGAGUAGGACAGUCGUUCAAAUCCCUUGCCCAGGCUUUUGAAAUCGACCAGCAGCCCUUCUCUGCUGGCUUAAACCACGCCAUCGCUUACACUGCCGAGACCUACGAGGCCAUCGGAGAUUAUUUUGCCGAGCAACCGAAACACGACCUCGACCCCAUAAUUGAUUUGAUAACCGUCUACCAGGGACACCUGUCGAACUAUCCAGACAUCAUCCACGUUCAGAAAGGAGCUCUGACCAAGGUGAAGGAGAGCCAGAAGCACAUUGAGGACAGCAAGAUGGACCGCUCACCCCUGGAGGGAAUCAAUGAGCGCUGCAACAUCAUCUCCUUCGCCACGCUCGCCGAGAUCCACCACUUCCACCAGAUCCGUGUCCGCGACUUCAAGGAUCAGAUGCAGCACUACCUGCAGCAGCAGAUCUCCUUCUUCCAGAAGGUUACUGGCAGGCUACAAGAGACCCUGCAGAAGUUUGACACGGCUUAGGGCUGGAGCAGAAGACGACAGAAACAGGUGGGAUCGGGAAUCUCUGCUUUAGUGAUGCGACAGAGACAGGAAAGGCUCCUCCCCUCCUGCCAAGAUUAUCCUUCUGUUUUAUGGCCUGAGAAACUCUUUGGCGACUGUUGAUGACUGUUGGAUGAUGACUUCUGAGAUCUCCCUGAGCCACAGAUGGAACAUCUGUAGUGCUGUCCAGAUGCCGUGUGUAUUUUGAACAGAACGGCACUGUCUGCUGGAUCCUGUCUGACCGAAUCACUGCACCACUGAUCACGGUGGAUUAUUGUGUGAACAUUAUUUUGCCAAUUACUGAAUUUUACCAAAGUAACUACAGAGAGAAUAACAAGUUUCUUGUAUGUUUAGUAACACUGCAUCUUCUGAAGAUCCCUAAAGCCUCGUGUCAUUGGCUUGGAUAUGAAAUACAGUGGAAGGUUAUUUAAAACUGAUCACUGUGGCUUCCUCACCAUAGACCAGCUCCUUCACCAGCUCAGAUGAAGUGUUUACAGUUUCACAACAGACCAGUGAUGACCAUGUGUGCCUCUUUCUCUGUCCAAAAUAAGUUUCCACUUUGCAGAUUAAAUUUUGCCAUUUGAGGACUCAGUGUCCCAUUUCCUGGAUGAAGGCGGCUUGUUUUUAGAAUGAACUGCCUGGAAAGCACCGCACUGAUGUCAUGCACCAGUCCAGCAGGACUCACAUUCCAGGGUGGGCCAAGCAGCCCGGCCUUAACUCUUUAUGAUUCCAAGGCUUGAACCAGGGACAGGGUCUGGGGCAGAGGAACGCAGGACUUGUUGAGGAAGGGGAAACGCUGAGCCCACUCCCCCCCCCCCCCCCCCAGUAAGACAUUAACAUGUCAGGGCACCCCUGCUGUGAAGACAUGAUUUAGAAGAUAGAAAUCUUAUAGUCAGAAAUGCCAGCUUCCCUUGAAUGCAGCUGAAACCAAUUUCAACUUUUACAUAACUGGGUGGUGCUCUAAAAACAGCUAAUACGAUGUCACUGCUUUGCUAAUGCUGCAGUCCGGAGAGACUGCAGGCCGUGGGGAGAUGUGCCAGUGUUUCUGAGUGAAGCAGACUGGGCAAUGCUUAAGAUAACCCCCUGAGACAUGGCAUGGAGGAACCAAAAGUGUAUGACUCUGAAUGAGAGAGCAACGUGCUGGCAAGAAGGGUCGGUUUUUUCCGUUUUUUUUUUUUUUUUUUUUUAAUUUAGCUCAACCCCUUUGAAGGCCUCUCAGCUCUUUGUACACAGAUUUUCUAUUCAUAAAAAAACUUCUGGACCACUGGACAAUGGCGCCUGGUGUAAAAGAAAUGAUCAUUGUUGGCUUAUGAUUCUGAUUUCACUGAAAAUGUUUUGUAAGCAUGAAAACGUCUUUCAGUCACUGGCUAUAAAGAGACUCUGCUUUACCUGAA